AUGUGCGAGAAGACCGGUGGCGAGACAUCCGACAUGGUGUUGCGCAUCAGAGGUGUCGGGCGUUUUCCCGUCCUCAAGAGCCUUUUUGCAGUCGAAAUGUGAGGAAUCCACUCUCCGCUCGGCUCAGGACUUAGGCGCGCGGAGCGAACCGGGCGCGGACUUAGGCGCGCGGAGUGAGCCGGGCGCCCCGGCCCAGGACUUAGGCGCGCGAAGCGAGCCUGGGACUUAG